CAACCCUCCACCACCUUACCCAGCAUGGCGGAAAACUACCAGAAAAAGGAGCUGCUCGCGCUCAUGGGCACUGGCGCAAACAAACUGUGCGUUGACUGCGGCUCGCCUUCCCCACAGUGGGCUUCCGUCUCGUAUGGUACCUUUAUCUGCCUCGAGUGCUCCGGCAUCCACCGUGGGUUCGGCGUUCACAUCUCGUUUGUCCGUUCCAUCACGAUGGACAAGUGGUCAGAGGACCAGGUCAAGAAGAUGAAGCUUGGCGGCAAUGAGGCUUUCAAGCAGUUCCUUGACAGCUAUGGUCCCGAUGGAGGCUACACCAAAGGCAUGGGGAUGAGUGAGAAGUACAACUCGUGGGCUGCAUCGCAAUAUCGCGACAAGCUCGCUGCCGAGUGCUCGGGCGAGUCAUGGUCGCCUUCGGCUGCGCCUCCCCCAACUUCUCGGCCAGAGUCGGCAGCCGCUACUCGCAAGUCGCGUGCUACUGGCGGUGCUGGGUCGGGUAUCCCCAGCCGAACCAACAGCCCGUACCAGGACAACCCGCCUAGCCGUGGCAGCGGAAAUGAGGCUUUCUUCGAGCGUCUUGGAAAUGCCAACGCUUCGCGCCCUGACAACCUGCCACCCUCGCAGGGAGGCAAGUACGCUGGCUUCGGUUCCGCCCCGCUCGAUGACGAGCCGUCGCACCCCAGCUACCACCUGAGCUCGCAUGCUGCGCCGACACUCAACGACUUCCAGACCAACCCCCUUGGUGCUCUCUCCAAGGGCUGGGGAUUGUUUUCGUCGGCCGUGUCUACUGCCAGCCGUGAGAUCAACGAGUCGGUCGUCAAGCCUGGCAUGAGCCGCGCGAACGACAUGUACCAGCAGGGCGCUAGCGACGACUGGAAGCGCUACAUUGACUCGGCGACUACUCAGGCCAAGGGUGCCGCUUCGUGGACCGCCAAGCGUGCCGGCGAGGGCUGGCAGAACGUCAACGACCUCUCGCGCCAGCACGCAGGCGUCGACUUCAACGAGCAGUUUGACAAGCUUGGCCUCGGCGGCAGGAGGGCACAGGACCAGGGCUACGGUCAGUUGAGCCAGCACGCCGACGCGCGCGAGUACCACGACGGCCACGACGACGACUUCUUCGAGAGCUGGGACUCGCAGCCCCAGUCGGGCAGCAGCGCGGCGGCGGCAUCCAAGCCGGCGGCCAAGCCCGCUGCGGCAACCAAGGCGCCCACAAAGGAGCAGCCGAAGAAGAAGGACAACUGGGCUGACGACGAGUGGGCCGACUUCUAGGCAAGACAAGGCAUUGGUGUGUUGUGUCGCAUUAUAGUAUUACCAGCCAAUAGAUACCUCUAGCAUACUAGACUCAUUACAACAUUGUCAUAUGCAGUAUUGUACAGGGUGUGGCGACGGGGUUAGGAAGGUGGCCGUAGAGAGCCUCGUAGAACGCGGCUUCGCGGCGGGUUGUGGCAGUGGACGUAGAGAGCGUCCUAGAAACGGGGGUUGGUCGUAACAGUGGCGGCUGUAGAGAAGUGUCGCAGAUCACGACGUCAUGGCGAGUGCCGACCGGUGCCCGCGGCGUCCAACCCAACCCACCGAUCGAACGCUCCGAGCGCGAAGCGAACGCACACCGCAGGCACAUGUGUACCACGCGCAACCACCUCUCGUUACUGCUCCACCGCGGGCACGCGG